UUCUUUUGUGUGAAAAUGUCGUCCGACGAGGAAUCGGAUGAAAUCGAAGAUCAAGAAAAAUUAGAAGAAAAAGUAGACUUUACAUCGUCCAGACAGGCAAAAAAAGAAGCAAGACUUAAUCAAAUUAUUUUCGAAAACGAACAUAAAGCCAAAAUAAGAAAAGUUUCAAAAAUAUUAAAGAAAAAAGACCAUGAUAUAACAGAUGAAGAAAAAGAUAUUUUAAGACAAUCUCCAGAAAUAACUAAUAGAUUGGUUAAAUUAAAAGAAAGGAGAGGAACAUUAAAACAAAGAGUAUUAGAGAUUGAAGAUCCUGUUGAGGAACUGGAGUUGAAAUGUGAAGAACUAGCUGAAGCUAUUAGACAUUCCAAUAAAGUUGUUGUAUAUACAGGUGCUGGUAUAAGUACGGCAGCCUCUAUACCGGACUACAGGGGACCAAAUGGAGUUUGGACACUGCUACAAAAGGGACAACAACCCAAAGCUCAAGAUUUAUGUGAUGCUAAACCUACAUUGACACAUAUGAGUAUCAAGAAGUUAGAAGAUGCAGGGCAUGUAACACAUGUUGUAUCUCAGAACUGUGAUGGUUUACAUAUGAGAAGUGGUCUUAACAGAAGAAAAUUAUCAGAAAUCCAUGGAAAUAUGUACAUAGAGAUUUGUUACAGUUGCAGGCCACAUCAAGAGUACAUCCGACUAUUUGAUGUGACUGAGAAGACAGGAGUGAGACGUCACCAGACAGACAGGAAUUGUCACACCUGUAAACAGCCACUUAAGGAUACUAUAGUACACUUUGGGGAGAAGGGAGGGAUGAAAUGUCCAUACAGGUGGAAAGAGGCUGCUAAAGCUGCUGAUAGAUGUGAUAUUAUCCUGUGUCUAGGAUCUAGUCUCAAGAUACUGAAAAAAUACUCAUGUUUAUGGUGUAUGGACAGAAAAAUGAAGAAUAGGCCACAAUUGUAUAUAGUUAACUUACAGUGGACACCGAGAGAUGAUGCCGCUACUAUGAAAAUCAAUGGUCGAUGCGAUGAUGUAAUGAGACGAGUGAUGAGACAUCUUGGUUACUCUAUACCUGAGUAUUUUGAGGAAGAAGAUCCAUUAUUUUCUUUAGCAACAUCACUUCACGAAGAAGAAAACGACACUACUAGUAAAAAGAUUCUGCUAAAACCAGACAUAGAAGAAAUAACUAGACAUAGAAAUUCACAGAAUGAAAUUCGUAGAAAUUCAACAGAAUCUGAAAGGAAUAAAACUUUAGCAAGAUUAAGUAACACAGAUUUGACUGGUUUAAAAACACUUCCUUCAAGUUCUGUUGCAGGAAGUUCAACAAAUUAUUCCAUGGGAAUAAAUACUCAGGAAAAAAUAAAUACAGAAUUAACUGUUGUAAAAUCAGAGAAGAUUAAUGAUCAAAAUCAUUUUAUUCAUAACCCUUUAGAACAUCCAUUAAUUCAUCAUAACCAUGCACUUAAAUCAGCGUUGGAAAAAAAUCAUACUGAGAAUUUCUACCGCUAUAACGGAAUAUGGGCAAAAUCACCAUUAAUUCCUUACAAUCCAUAUUCUUUACCUCCAUAUCUACCUGGUGUGCCAAACGGUAGACAACAAAUAAAGUUUGGUGAAGUUGCAUUUCAGAAGUAUGUUGAUCAAGGUGAUAAUCAAAGGAAAGAGGUUAAAGUUGAACCAAAUCUAGAUUUAUCUACAUUUGGUGGAAAGAAACCUAAGCUGGAAAAUAACCGUGCCAAAAAUAAUGAAGUAAACAAAAAUUGUACUAAUUCUCAUGGCAAAAUGAGAUUACCGGAAGACAUGCAAAAGUUAGAAUCUAGAAGCAAAAUGGCAAUGGUCCCAAGUAAAGAAAAGUGUGCUGUGAGUCCCAGAAAAUCAAAAACAAAUUCAAUCCGUAAUAGUGGAAAAUGUAGUCCAGAUAGAAUAGGUGAUACAAAAAUAGGACACACAGAUCCUAUAUCUAAUUCUACAUCUGUUACACAGAGUAGCAGAGGAAGGAGGGCUAGGAAAUCAUUCUGUCCAAACUGUCACGGUGUUAGUGGUGACUGUCCGUGUACCGUACUAGAAUCUGUAAAGAAAAGGAAACCACCAUCUUGUGGUAAAUGUGAAAAACAUCCAUGUACUUGUCCAAAAACAACAACUCUAUCUAUUUGUUUAAUAUGUAGAAAUUCUCUAAAUAAAUGUGAAUGUAAAACAAACAUUUUGGAACAUCCCUCCAAAUGUACGGCAUGCGGAUUGUCAAAAACAGUGUGUAAAUGUCAAUGUAAAACAAACAUUUUGGAACAUCCCUCCAAAUGUAGUGCAUGUGGAUUGUCAAAAACAACAUGUAAGUGUCAGUCUUCCUUCAGUAAGCUUAUACUGUGCCAGUUUUGUAGACACACUCCUGACAAAUGUAAAUGUGCUUUGAAUGGCCAGACAUUUCUGUUACUGUGCCCUGUUUGCCAUCAGCAUAAACAUCUGUGCAAAUGUGUGCUAAAUCAUACCUCUUCCUUUACUCAGGGUGCAAAUGUGCCAAAUUUUACAAACAUGUCUAACUUACCAAUGGCACCUUUAAUGCCAUUUUUUGACUAUGCAAAAUUUGCAUUUCCAAUGAACAAUAUUUCAUCGCUUUACAUGCCACAAGUCUUUCAGAAUAAUCUUAUGAAUGGUCUGCUGCCAAGCAAUUAUUUAAAUGCUUUGUUACCAAGUAGCAAUGUUAAUCCUAUGUUACCUAGCAAUAGAUUAACUGGUUUACAGCAGGAUAAAGUUCUCAACGGAGCAUAUAGUGCUAGAAAUGUCAAUAGUUUGGUACCAGUUAAUUAUGUGACAAAUGCAUUGAAGGUAGAACCAAUAUUACAAGAUCAUUCAUACUUAAAUAAAGAACAGAUGCAAUCAUUAUCUCCUAACUGUGAUAAACAUUACCAAAGAUCUCAAACUGAGAAACAGACAGUCGAAAGUGUAGCUACAAAAACGGGUUUAAAGACUGUAGAAAGAAUACCUACAAGAACAGGUCUGAUGACCGAAAGUAUAUCUACAAGAACAAGUCUGAAGAGAUGUUAUAGUUAUGUAGAUGAUAUUCAAAAAGCAGAAGAGGACAUUGUUUCAGAAACUUCUCCAAGAAAAUGUAAUGUUAAUCAUUCCAAGAUCCAGAAAAAAGAGCCUGUAGCAAUCAAAAGUACAGAAUCAUCCAAUCCUAUCGUUAUAGAUAUUGAAGAAGAAACUGAGCAGUGUGAGAGUGAAAAAGUAUGUCAAGGUGAUAACGAGAAAGAGGAUCAAGAAAAACCUAAACUAAUGAGGAGCAUGUCCGUUCCAGGAUGGUUUGGAAAAGGUCUCAAUCUUCGAAAGAAGCGUAGAUAGUAAUGAAUGAUAUUUAAUGUAUUUUUAUAUACAAAAUGUUUAUAUUCAAGUCAUUCAGGGAUUUUUGUAAUAAUUUAUAUGAAUAUGUUUUUUUGUUUAAUUGUAUGGAAGUUUGGUUUGAAUUGUAUGGUUAAUUUUCUUGUUAAAAAGAAGAAAAUACUAUAAGCCAAUUAAUUUUCAUGUGUAGAAAAAUUGUGCGUAUAUAAAUUGUCUUGGUACAUCACCUAAAUUUGAAAAUAACGAAAAAUAGAUAACUAAUAAUCCAGCUAAAAAAGGCUAAAUGCCAAAAAGUAUCCAUGAAAAUUAGUUGGUUUUAUAUUAAUAAGUUUAUGGUUUUGAUAAAACUGACAUACUGCAGCGCAGAAUUAAUUGUAUUGAAUUAUUAACUAUGUAAAUAACCAACAGUACAGCCUACUGGGUAGGUUAUGGUAACAUACUAUGUAGAAUUUACCUGUUACUAACAGAAUAAUGUAGCAUGCAUGUUAGAUGUUAAUGAUCCUAUUUUCUGGUGUCGAUUUUUGCCUUCUCUUACAGUUGUUGCUGUGUUCAAGACAUAGAUGCCACUUUAUCGAAUGUUUUUGUAUUUUUUGGCUGAUAAAUGACAGUAAUUUUGGUGUCAACUUUCACUAUGUGUAAAAGGUUAUCAGAUUAGGUACAAUUUAGAUUUAUUACCUUUGAAAGACUAUUGGUACAUGUUAUAAAAGUAAAUUAGUUUCAUUUCAGUUGGAAGCAUCAGAUCAGGCCCAUAUUCAUAGUCAUGCUUCAUUGACUUUAGAAUUUCAUUGUUCAAAAGUUUUUUUAUCAAUUCAUAAUUUAUGGUAGAUUACUGAUUAGAAUACUGUUGCAGAUGUUCCUUGCAUCUCAUCUGCAAGAAGUAUAUGCUCAUUUUUUAGACAUUUACUAGUUUAAUGUUUAAUAAUUCAAAAGCAAAAGAUGAAAAAGGGAAGAAUGCUGUGUAAGAUUAGGGAAUAAAAAAUGAAAAUCAAUAUAAAUAAAAAAUGUGGGUAUUUUACAGUGAGACAGCAACGUGACAUAACAAAUGUCUAUUAAUACUUUCUAGUUAAGGUAAAAUUUCUACAAACAAUUCUUAUUCUCAUUGCAGAUGGACUGUUAAUGUUAUAGUCCUGACUUGGUAUGGGGACUGCAAAAUGAAAGUGCCGAGCUGGAUCAGGUUUUACAGUGUGCCCAAUCCUCCCAAUUUUAUAUGACAGUCAUUUCAAUUUCUAUUAUGUAUUUGUCCACAUUUGGGCAUGGCUGUUUAUUUGUACAGUUGAAUUGAUAUGAUUUAUACAUCUUGCACAUCGAAACAGAAACAUUAAGCAAGAGCAGCCGAGGUUCCAGUUCUGAGUAGGGUACCCCUCUUAGGUCACCAGGUCACAUUUAAAAAAUGUCUUGGGUCACCAUGUCUCUUUCUAAGCUAACAAAACAUUUAUUAUAAAUAAAAUGGUUUUGAACAUUUUUAAAGGUCACAAGUCCUUUUAAAUGAGACCUCAUGUCGCAAGGUCUCAAGGUUGCAGGUUUGAUUUGACCAUUUUGGAGCCUCAGUAGCUGCAAAGAAUUUGUGUGUCCAGAGAGCAUGCAGGCAUACUCCCACAAGUAUUGUCCCCAGUCAGUUCAGAUACGGCUUCUGUAUUAUACAUUUUUAUGCAUAAGAUAUUGUAAGAUACAUGUGCAAAUAGGUACAUGUAGUACUGAGAUUUAUGUGUAUGCAGAAAGAUCACAUUAUAGAGGCAAAUUUAUUUUUAAAAUAUAUAUUCUUUUUUUAAUUAUAGUGACCCUGGAAAUGUAUGAGUGCUUGUAUAGCUGAUAGAUAAAUGAUUGAUCAGUACUUAUGUAUUAUGGCGGAGUGUCAUUGCAAAAAAUAUACCUCAUUACUUACUGAAUGAUCCAUGACAUAAGAAGUACUUAAGCCACAACCACUCUUGCACAUCUGCAUUUUAUAUGACACAUACUGUGAAUUCAGAAUUUAAUUCGUUCAUUUAUUAUCGCAAAUCCUUCACCUCUGGACAAGAUGAGAUAUCUAAUUAAUGCGAUUGCAAAAAAUUUAUGAAGGACAUCACUACUGAAAUUAUGAAUGCUAGCUUUUAUUAUUGUGAACAUGAUACUGUCACAUUUUUUGCAUCAAUAAAAUAUUGCACUAA